GGUCUCCUUGACAGUAUAUGAAUCGUUCUGCCUCCCACAUGUCUAGUGUUGAAAUUCCGAGAAUCAUACUCACCAUUGCCACCUGCACCACCCGAAGCAUCUCUCAAACACCUGUCUCUUCUCAAUACUUUUCUCCCCGUCAGCAAGAGAAACAUACAAUGUCCAAGCUACCACCUGUCGAGAAGCUUUCUCUGGCCGUUCGCAAGAACCUCCGAGAUGAGUGGGAACAGAAGAAGGAGGGUCUCGAGAAGCAGCUCUCAGAUAUCCUCACUGUACCGUGGACGGUAGAUCUCGACCCCAAGCAAAUCUAUGCCUACGCCGAUGAUGGCUACGCCAAGGACUCACUGGGGGCUUGUAUUACCGCAUACAUCGAGGGCGCUAUCUGGAAGCUCAAGUACUUUGUGGAGAGAUUCGGCGACGAGGGUGUCAAGGAGCUGAAUGCCAUCUGCCACAAGCACAGCAUGGGUCUCGACGUUGACGAGACCAGCCGCUUUUCCUACUGUGGAGUAGACGUGCUGGACGGCCAACUGCGGCUGCUCUUCGAGCCAAAGUGCCUUGGCACGAAUAUUGACUACUGCCUCGACGAGGCCGUCCUGGAGAAGGCCCUCAAUGAAGCGCCUGCCGCCGAGGGCUCAGACAGCAAGCUGAGUUACUCCGCCAGGGCGGACAUCCGCAGGGAGUACGAGCCCAAGAUUGGCGACAUCCAGAAGAAGGUUGCCGAGCUGCUGGCGAACCCGGACAUCAAGCUCAACCCCAACUUUGACGCUCUCUACGCCAGCCUGCUUGCCGAGAGCAAGGUCAAGAAGACGGAGCUCCGCGAGGACUGGCAGAAGUCGAUUGGCUACCUCGCCCGCGAGUACUUUGACGGCCUCGUCAGCCAGCUCAACUGGCAGAAGUUUGAGGACGAUGAAAUGCUCCAGGAGGGAUUCAAGGAGGUCGUCGACAAGAACGAGAUCGCCCUCCGCAUCGUUGACAAGCUGAAGGACAGCUCGUACUGCGAGGCGGUCGUCGAGGAUGGCAUCCUCUGGCUGCAGUGCAAACCGACUACUUGGGGCACCAACAUCAGCUAUGCUGCCGAGAAACUUGUCGAUAAAUUGUAAAAUGUCCACAAUGGGUACAUCGGUGCUGGCAAAAAACGACUCGCUAGAUUCGAGAAUGAAGUAACAACACGAAUUGGGGGGAAAAGCCGUAGUCUAGUGCGAUACAAACCAACGAGUCCAAGCAAGUAGGGAUUGACCUAUGCCUUCGUGUAGACCACCAUAGUAUCUGAGUGAAUGACUGGUCUCCUGAGGCCAAUACGCCGUCGGCCUAUGCAUCCCAGACGUGGUUCCUGGGUCGGUUCUGUGAGAAGCUAUGCCUCGUCUUG